AUGGAGCAAGAAUACAGUGUAGUGGAGGGUACAGAGUUUCCAGCGAACUCCAAUUGCAGUUAUUUUGUAAGUCUGCCUACAAUAGAAACAAUGUUCAACUUUUCGGGUUCAGGGCACGGACGACGUGAUCGGAAAAGUGUUUCUGAUCGGAAUAUUCGCCACGCUCAUCGCCAUCACCUCGAUCAUCUUCAACACAUUCUACACGAUCGUGUUCAUUCGGAAUCCCUUAUUAAGGUAUCAUCACUGAUGAACAUUUUGAUAGUGUGUAGUCGGUGAAAAAUAUUAUUCACUCGUAGACGAGUGGGCAAUGGUUCAAUGGACAGUUCAGAGAACACCGAUCAGCUGGAAGAGCGCAAACAUUUUGAAGCUCAAUGUGAAACUCUGAUUACAGACGGAGCGGAGUGUUCUACUUUGGCGUCAUCGCCGUCAUCGACAUUAUAAUGGGUAUCAACUACAUUGCAGUUAUGGUCGUUCCGGUACGUCUCUAUUAGUCACUGCCCCUCGGAAUAAAAUGAAUUUUCCCCCGCCUAGCAGCUGCCACUUAUCGCCUAAUAGAAUCUGGGCGCAAUUGAAAAGCAACUCAAGGUGUUGCGUUUCGCAGUAAUUCGAGAGAUGUGGGGAAAUGAACGUUUACUGGAAAAAUACUGAAAUGUGAUAUCGGAUAUUAUCCUGAUCUCGAAUUUCUUCUGAAAAUUGGUCAAAAUGCUCCUAGUAGUUGACGUGAGAAAGAGCGCAUUUCGAAGCGUUUGCGUUCAAGAUCUUAUGAAUAAUUUAGGGGAGGGAAGAAAAAGACGGAUUGGAAGGAAAACAGAUUUGGAAGAGAAUGAAGAUGAGAUCAUAAUACUGGUCACUGCAAACCUUUUUGUGGUUUCUUAAAAGCCCCACGCGCACUUCCUUUCCGGAAAUGGUUUCCGACUCGGAGCACUUGACCCUAAAGUCUUUGAGCCACAGGAAAUCAUUGUGAUGAUCCUUGUUCAGGUGUACAUGGACUACUACAUGUACCUUCCGCUCUGGCACCUCUUCCUAUCCUACUUCCGUCUUGUGAUGACCGAAUCGAAUUGCGCCAUGUUCGCCUCGAUGCUCAUGAUCGUCUUGGCGACAACCGAACGAUUUCUGAAGACGUUCGACGGAAAAGCAAUUUCUGUUUGUCGCAAGUGAGUGUGCAUCUCUAGUUCUGAUAAUAAUCUAUUUCUGCUGAAAGCUCGAAACACAGUAACUGCGAAUAAGCGCAUCCAUUUUCAGAUUCCUCGAACGAAAUCGGUACGGCGUCAGUGCAUUCUGUAUAAUGCUGGCGUGCGCCUACAAGUACGUCAUCUACUUUGAGCUCGACGUGGAUCACCACGAAGAAUGCACCGGAUUCUCGUGAGUUUCGCCCGUUUCGCAACCACUUUGCAACCGCUCCCCCACUUUUGCAGUGAAUACGAGAUAGUGGCCGGAAGCUACGCGAUGGACCCCACGUACCGCCUGUAUUUCAUGUUUCUCCUACGGAAUACUCUCGACCGAAUCCUUCCGUUCGUCCUCCUUCUCACCAUGAACAUGCUGAUUGUGAAGGCGGUGAAAGAGGACGAACAACGGAAGUUGCAGAAGGAAUCGGUGGUGAGCAACGGCAAGAAUGUGAAUCUGAAGACACAUCGGAGGAAUGUGAAGGACGCGACGCGCGCGUUGAUCAGCCUCGUCUCCAUGUACCUUCUGUCCCAGUCCCUUCAGGUGAGCGACCAAAUCAGAGGGCGAAUAAAGGCUGCUUCUUAGGUGUUUUUGACCGUGUGGGAGACGAUAAACCGAUCGAGUCUGGAGGACGGAUUCCCCAUCAUGUACUCGUAUCUCAACGAUAUCGUCUCCAUCUUUACACUUCUCGCAAGGUCAGACCGGUUGAAAUGGAGAGUGCAAAGCCCGAAGAUCGGUUUUCAGUUGCCUGCGAUUCCCAAUCUACUUCUGCUGCAACCGUCUCAUCCACACCGCCUCAAUAGACACGCUGCACGGAAUGCGAUUGACCUGCCUUAUUGGAAAACCUAAAAAAUCACAGGAAUACUCACCAAUCCACGGCAUUCCCAACUCGCUGGACUGCGGGAGCCAUCGCGGAGACCUCGGCGGCUCGAGAACCUCGUUGAGUUCGCCGGACAGUUGCUCAAAACCGUCGGCGGUUUACGACGAAAAGUUGCAAGAGUGGCGGUUAUAG